AUGGCCACCGCUUCAAUGCACGACGCUACCGCGUCCGAGGGACUGCGCAAGCGCACCACCCAAGCCAGUCCCGCCAACUCGUCGCGCUCCGACCUCACCGAGCGUGCCAGCCCGGCCCUGGACAAGCGCCAUCCGGAGGCGAAAACGGACGCACCGCAGCAACAGCUUCCAAAGGUGCUCGGAAGGACUCCCGACGGCACAGAGUUUCGUCGCUCCCCUGCCUCUGCGCUUGUCCGUGCACCGCCCUAUCCUCGCUCGCUUCACAGCUGCAAUUCGGAUGUGCGCAGGGUCCAGUUCGGUCCUCGGUCGCCCACAAUGACAGCCGAACCAGAUCGACGUUCCCGACUGACAACUGCAUUUCCCGAACCGCCGUCUCUGACACGUUCUCUUCCCGAAUCACCUUGCCCCUUCCUCACUCCCUCUCCCUCCGCUCCUCCCUUUCCCUUUCGGAAUCUCUCUGUCCCUUCAAACGAUGCCUGUGACGACCCGCGCAUCUCCGUGUCCGAUGCAUUUUUCGAUCUCGCAACAGUCUUCACGGUACCUCAUACCCCGGACAUGCUCUCGUCCAUCUUUGAUCCGCGCCAGCCAAAGACGCCGCUCGACAUCGUCACCGUCGUUUCCUUGUCCCUCCAGAUCCUCCUCUACUUUGCCCUCUCGCGCCGUGCCGCAAAGAUCUUCUUCUUCGUCUACUUUGCCUUUUGGCGUGCCUCGUACAACGCAGGCCUCGGCUGGAUCCUCAAGCAGCAGAGCGAAAAGGGCUGGAUCAUCCGCCAAGUCAGACAGAACGGCUGGAUGGACCCCAAGCGCCGUCCGCGCGUCCAUGGCUGGGUCAAGCAGCAGCUCGUCACAAAGAUGGACAAGGACUACGUCUUCGACGCCAUGCCCAUGGACUACAACGUCUGGCUCAUGUUCCGCAGCAUCGUGGACGUCAUCCUUCUCAACGACUUUGUCGCCUACUCGCUCUUCGCCUUUUCGUGCACCCGCCUCCCCGAAAACCACUCGCUCGCCAUGCACAUCCUCCGCUGGAUCGCGGGCUGGACACUCAUCUUCUUCAACCUCUGGGUCAAGAUCGACGCGCACCGCGUCGUCAAGGACUACGCGUGGUACUGGGGCGACUGCUUCUUCCUCUGCCUCCAGAGCCUCGUCUUUGACGGCGUCUACGAGAUCGCCCCGGACCCCAUGUACUCGAUCGGAUACGCCGGCUACUACGGACUCUCGCUCGUCAGCGGCAGCUAUGCCGUCCUCUUCGUCUCGUUGGCAGCCCACUUUUCCCAGUUCCUCUUUAUGACCUUCUUCGAGGGCCCGCAUAUCGACCGCACCUACGGGGAGAGGAAGCCGCUCGCGGCUCGCGUCCCGCUGCGCCAGGCGCCUUUCAACGCGGCUUCCCGCAAGGCUGCCAACGCGGCCGAUGAGCCUUCGGCACAAGCUGAUGCGGGCGCCGAGCUGCCUUGCCCCGCUGCCCCCAGCUCGCGCAGCCAAGACUUUGAAGGUCCCACUCCCAGCCAGACCGAGGGCUCCACCGCCCUGACCACCGAGGACGAGACGUCCGACGACGAGCACCGCAAGCAGUUCAAGCGCAACGCGCUCCGAACCUCGUCGUUCUCCGACGAUGCCAUCAAGCAGCACCUCUCGGGCAUCCAGAGCGCCAAGCAGCAGCGCCCCGUCACCACGCUCCACGACCUACACCACCGCAUCUUCCGAAAGGACACGGUGGCGUUCCGCAACCUCGACCUCAUGCGCGCCAACGACUUUCUCCUCGUCGUCGGUGCCAGCUAUGCGCUUCUGCCGCUGCUGCUGCCGUCCAUGGGCCGCACGGCGCGCCUCGCGCUGCUCUUUGCCAACGCGCUCGCCUGGCGCACCUUCCACUCGUUCGGCCUCGGCGUGGCGCUCUCGCGCCAGUCCAAGUCCAAGUGGAUCGUGCGCCACUUUCUCAAGCACUACAACUACUCGCAGCCGCAGGACGCCGUGUUCGAGGCGUUCGGCCACUGGAAGGCCAUCUACAACACCUCGCUCGUCAUGACGUACGUGUCGUUCGGCGCGCUCGCCUGGAACUGCUACACGCCCAUCGGCCAUCCGGACUGGACGGUGGGGCCGGAGCUGCUGCGCCACACGCUCGGCCUGCUGCUGGUGGCGCUGCACGUGUGGACGGCCAACUCGUCGUACGAGGUGCUCGGGCCCUUUGGCUGGCUCUACGGCGACUUUUUCAUCGACGAGUAUCCGCACCAGCUCUACUACACAGGCAUCUACCGCUUCCUCAACAAUCCCGAGCGCAGCAUGGGCGGCGCCGCGUUCUUUGGGCUCGCGCUCGUCGCGGGCUCCAAGCUGACGCUCGUCAUGGCCAUCGUGUCGUAUGUGGCGCACUGGGGGUUCUUGUCGUACGUCGAGGGCCCGCACAUGCGCAAGCUGUACGGCGAGGCGGCGCUGCGCAAGGACUCGGGGCUCACCAAGCAGCUCAAGUCGCAGUGGGUCGCAGCCAAGGACUCGGACCUCUUCCGGCUGGCACAGGAGCAUCCGACGGUCAAGAACGUCCAGGGCACCAUCGAAAAGGUGCAGCGCGAUGCGGCCGAGGCGUUCGAGGAGUUCUUCCGCCAGUCGCGCCCGCGCUUCGAGGGCAUGCUCGAGGAGACCAAGGUGCUGCUCCAGCAGAGCAGGGACCGGCUGCUCAUCGUGCGCGUCGAGGACGACCACAAACUGCAGUCGCACGGCGUCGACCGCUCGCACUAUGCGCUCAACGUGCGGCCGGCCGCGCAGGGUGGAGCGGGAGCGUUGCGCUUCCACCUUGGCGAGCCGAUUGCGGUCGAGUGGCGUGCGGCGCCCAACCACUCGCGCAGCGACUGGAUCGGCGUGUACCUGCUCUCGCGCUUCGGCGGACCGCAGGGUGCGGACGAGGCGUCGCUCGUCACCAAGAUCUCGAGCCAGGGCAAGUGGCUUGGUGUAGUGCAGGACGAGUGGGUGGGCGACGUGCACCGUGGUGCCGAUGCCGGGGCCGAGGCGUCGCAGGGAGACGCUAAGGGCGAUGGGGCGCACGGCGUGUCGGUGUUCUGCGACGACAAGCUGCCGUGGGUGCCGGGUGUGUACGAGUUCCGCUACCACCACGACGGCAAGCACAAUGUGCUGGCGCGCUCGCAGCCCGUCGAGGUGUACGUCGGCGCGCCAGCCGAGCAGUACGCGUCGGCGGAGCAGGAGCUGGCACAGACGAGCGAGAUCAUUGCGAGCAUCGUGCGCUAUUCGGCGCCCACGACUCGUCCGCUGCGUCUGUCGAUCUCGCAGCCCGCGCCCGCCAAGCGUGCUAGCGCGCUCAGCAGCGCGGGUGGUGUGCCCGAGGAGGCGGUGGAUACGGCCGAGGCAGCGGCGCCGCUUGUGCCGCUCGCAGGGUCGGAUGGCGGCGACGACUUUGUCAUCUGGGACCGCAAGCAGGCGGCGCGCAUCUCGGCGGCCAUCCGGUACGCGUUUGGGCUCGAGCUCGCGCCGGAGGUGGUGGUGGCGGAAGCCAACGUGGCGCGUCUGGCGCACGACGUCGUCGAGGGCCGCAAGCUGCUGCGUCCCGCCUUUCAGCCGAUGAUGAGCUGA